UACGUAACUUUUGACCGUAAUAAGGACUUUGAAUAAUAUAAAACGAGUGUAAUUUUUGGAACCAGUAUCACUUCGAUUUCAAUACACAUACCUUCAAGAGUAAAAACAUGAUAUCGAAAGUGUUCAUUAUCGCGGCUGCAUUUAUAGCAGUUAGCGCACAGGAUCACUAUCCGUACGGCCAAGCAACUUCAUCCCAAUCAGUAAUUCGCCAUGGCAUUGCUCAAAACCAACACGGUUACAAUGUCCAGCCGAUUGCCGUACACGCUCCUGUGUACCAAGCUGCUCCUAUCGCUCAUCAAUCAUUAACUUUACAACACGCAGCGCCUAUUAGACAAGCCGCGUCUUACAUCCAAGCUGCUCCUUCUAUUUCUUACUCACCAGUUAUUUCUCAUGCUUCUCCUAUCAUAUCCCAAGCUCCUGUAUACGCUCAAUCUGCUCCUGUAUACGCCCAAUCUGCUCCUGUAUACGCGCAAUCUUCUCCUGUAUACGCUCAAUCUGCUCCUGUAUAUGCCCAAUCUGCUCCUGUAUACGCGCAAUCUGCUCCUGUAUACCAAUCUGCUUACUCUCAUGGUUCUCCCGUCAUCUCUCAUGUAGGUUCUUCCAUCUCUCAUUCUGCGCCUAUCGUUUCCCACGCUGCUCCCAUAAUCUCUCAUGCUUCACCUGUCAUUUCUCACGCUGCCCCUGUCAUAUCUCAUGCUACGCCUGUCAUUUCUCAUGCUACCCCUGUCAUUUCUCAAGCUACACCUCUCUACACACAAGCUAUCUCAAGUGCCCAUCAAGCUAUCCCUGUUCGUCAAUAUGCUGCUCCAGCUCUGACCCUUCAACAUGCUUCAGGUCAUUAUAACCAACAAUACGCCCAAGGACACCAGGAAUACUACUCUUAUCCCAAAUACGAGUUCGAAUACGGCGUCAACGACCCCCACACCGGUGACAUCAAGUCCCAGCACGAGAGCCGCGAUGGAGACCGCGUGACUGGCUCAUACAGCUUGCAUGAGGCUGAUGGAUCUGUCCGCACCGUGCACUAUAAUGCUGAUGCUCACAAUGGAUUUAAUGCUCAAGUAGAGCACUCCCAUCCAUCCAGGCAUAUCGAAGCUCCUCAGUAUGCUCAAUACCAUCAUUAACCUAAGAUUUACUUACAUUUAAUACGCUAGUUAUAAGAAUUCUGUAUUGAACAACAUAGAUAAUAAAUCUAGUCCUCAUAAAACAUA